GUGGUUUCCAGCAGAUGACGGAGAGCUGGUUGUUUGGACAGGCGUGCUAGCGGAUGCCAGAGCGGGCUGAUCAUGGCUCUGUCGAGAGCUCUCAGAUGUUGUCAGAGGAUUUUCUCCUGGAUUCCUGUCAUCAUCAUCUCAUCUGUGGUCCUCUGGUCCUAUUACGCGUAUGUCUUCGAACUGUGCUUCGUGACCCUCACUCAUGAUCUGGAGAGAGUGGUGUAUUUGUUGAUAUUUCACGUGUGCUUUAUAAUGUUCUGCUGGACCUAUUGGAAGGCCAUCUUUACUCCACCGGCCACACCGUCUAAAAAGUUCCAUUUGUCGUACAGUGAUAAGGAGAGGUAUGAGCUGGAAGAAAGGCCGGAUGUUCAGAAGCAGAUCCUCGCGGAUAUCGCCAAGAAACUUCCCAUCUUCACGCGCGCUCAGUCAGGAGCUAUCAGGUUCUGUGAUCGCUGUCAGGUGAUAAAGCCGGACCGCUGUCACCACUGCUCCGUCUGUGAAACAUGCAUUCUGAAAAUGGAUCACCAUUGUCCAUGGGUGAACAACUGUGUGGGAUUCUCCAACUACAAGUUCUUUCUGCUGUUCCUGUCUUACUCCAUGAUCUACUGCGUCUUCGUUGCAUCAACAGUGUUUCAGUACUUCCUCAAGUUCUGGGUGGGAGAUCUUCCCAAUGGCCCUGCGAAAUUCCACGUGCUCUUCCUGUUGUUUGUGGCGCUCAUGUUUUUUGUCAGUCUCAUGUUCCUGUUUGGCUACCACUGCUGGUUGGUGGCUAAAAACAGAUCCACGCUAGAGGCGUUUUCUGCGCCAGUGUUUCAGAACGGGCCUGACAGGAACGGCUUUAACGUUGGGCUCAACAGAAACCUCCAGCAGGUGUUUGGAGAGGACAGAAAGCUCUGGUUUAUUCCAGUGUUCACGAGUCAGGGUGACGGGCAUUAUUUCCCGCUGAGGACCCUGCGUGAAUCGGAGAAUCCUUUAUUGGGCAGUGAGGGGAAAUGGAUGGAGGACGGUGGGUCAGAUGAAGAAAGCGCAGAUGAAAAUGGGCCUUCAGUCGUUAUUAGGACGGAAUCAUAAUCACCGGAGCGGACGAGUACUUGCGGGAUCCUGAUUCACUUUAGCAUCACGAGUAGUUUAAUAAUCAAUCCUUGAACGAGACGACUUCAUUCCAAAUCCUGGAUCAUUCCGGAAAAGCCUGUUUUUAGAGAGCCAGAUAUAUUGGGAGCGGUGAGGAGUUUCCUGUAAUGCUGAUUACUUUGAACUUGUGCUGAAUGUUAUCAAGUAUAUCGCUCAUCUUUUAUGAAAAGGAGAGCCACAGGACAAUCAGUGGCAUUUUCAGAUGUCAUAGACCUGUUGGACUGUUUAUUAUCAUGCUUUUAUGACAACAGAUGGACAUCUCUGAUCAAAAAUGAUUAUCGAUAUCUAGUUGGAGGUAUUUCUGGGAUGUUUCUGAUAGCUGUUCCUUUUUUUUCUUUCUUUUCUUCACAUAUUGGGAUAAAUCUGUAUACACCAACAUGUCCAGAUCAUACUUCACCCCGUAAACAAAGUGAGAUUGUAUUAUAUAGUAGGCAUUGCUUUAAAUUAAGCCUGUUUAUCGCCAUAUUAAUUUGAGUAUUUAUAUAUCAAAACCUGCCAAAAAUGCCAAACUUUUAUUAGUGUAAAUUGUGAAUAUAUUUAUACUUUUUGCUAGUUUUUGCUAUCCUGCCUUUAAUCUUUAAUGAAAAGCAGUACAGUUUUAAAAAAAAAUUAAAUAAAAAUCUGUUUAGCAAUAAAGAGAAUUUAAUAAUAAUAAUAACCACUGAGAAUAAAAAUAUCUGGAUGCAUCACAGUAAUGAAAACUGGGGGAAAUGUGCUUAAUUAAAAUGUCACAAAGUAAAAUAGGUUUCUUGUUUAUUAUGCACAAUAUAAUUCCUUUCAUGAAUGUCCUUUUGAUUUUGGGGUGAAAUGUGGCAUGGACAUGUUUCAUGACAUUCCUCUGUUCUCUGUGUGUGUGUGUGUAUGUUUCCACCAUUAAUAUAAGUUUUCAUAUUGAGUUGGUAAGAAGUAAAUCCUAUGCAUUUAUCCUCUGCAUACAGUAUAUCACUGACUUAAGCUGACAUUUUAUUGAGCUUGUUUUAAUUCUUAAUGACUGAUUCAGACUGUGCUCAAUAGAGAGCAGUCUGGAUUUACCUUCUUUCUUUUACGUUGUGAUACAAUAUAAACUCAUUUUGAUACCUCUCUCUGUAUAUAUUUAGGAAGAGACUGCUGAGUAUAGUUUAGGACUUGUAAAACCUAAUACGAGAUAUGUUUAACGUAUUACUGUAAAACCCAUGAACACAUGAGGCUGAUUUCAGACGGUAGGACUGUCCUGUGAAAACUAUUGCCUCGGUUUCCUCUAGUGCAAAAGAAGUAGAUAUGGCAUUGCAGUAUCGUGUUGUAUUCUAAGUGGGUGAGUAAUCCUUUUGAAUUUAAAGUUAGUCUGUUUAAAAGGUACGUUUGAGUCCUGUUUGCGUGGCCCUCUUCAGAUACUGUAAUUGAAAUUGUUAUUGAUAUGCCUGUCAUAUGGUUCUCACUUAUGAGGAUCCUUAUUAGCCAAUGCUUAUUGUUUGAUUUGCACUGACCUUAAUCUGAGGGAGAUCUUUGCUUCCUUUGACUGUGUAUGCGCUCAAACUUUUCUUUCUUUUACUCCAUAUCCACUACAAUUAAGUCAUUACAUGCCAAUGUUUUUCCAGAUGGUGCAAAAUAUUGUAUUGUUUGUAAGUUCUGUCUGAUGAUUAAAUGUCAAUAAAUACUUUACUUACUUAGUGAUCUUCA